AUGCGUCUGCUUUGUUUGCCAGUGUGUCCUCCUAUAAAUUAUGUUACUUUUUUUUUUUUUCUUAAGAGUUUGACCGAAUUGGAAGUGUUAUGUACUCAUCUCUAUAUAGGAACUGAUCUUACACAAAGAAUAGAGGCUGAGAAAGCGCUCUUGGAACUUAUUGACAGCCCAGAAUGUCUCAGCAAGUGUCAACUUUUAUUAGAACAAGGAACAACAUCCUAUGCUCAGCUCCUUGCAGCAACAUGUCUUUCAAAACUUGUCAGCCGAGUCAGUCCUUUAUCUGUUGAACAGAGGAUACAUAUCAGAAACUACAUUCUGAAUUAUGUGGCAUCACAACCCAAGCUGGCUCCCUUUGUCAUUCAAGCUCUUAUUCAAGUCAUCGCAAAAAUCACUAAGUUGGGGUGGUGUGAAGUUCAGAAAGACCAGUUUGUCUUCAGAGAAAUUAUUGCUGAUGUGAAAAAGUUUCUUCAGGGUACUCUGGAACACUGCAUAAUAGGAGUAAUAAUUCUUUCUGAAUUGACUCAGGAAAUGAACCUGGUUGAUUAUUCUAGACCUUCAGCAAAACACAGGAAAAUAGCUACCUCAUUUCGUGAUACUUCUCUCAAAGACAUUUUAGUGCUAGCAUGCUCUCUUCUAAAAGAGGUGUUGGCCAAACCUUUAAAUCUUCAGGAUGAAUGUCAACAAAAUCUGGUAAUGCAGGUCUUGAAACUGGUCCUUAACUGCCUUAAUUUUGAUUUCAUUGGCAGUUCAGCAGAUGAAUCUGCAGAUGAUCUUUGCACAGUACAGAUUCCAACAUCUUGGAGACCAAUUUUCCUGGAACCAGAAACAUUGGAUCUUUUCUUCAAUUUGUAUCAUACACUUCCACCACUACUGUCUCAGUUAGCACUUUCAUGUUUAGUUCAGUUUGCUUCGACAAGAAGGUCCUUAUUUAGCAGUCCUGAACGUGCCAAGUACCUUGGCAAUUUAAUUAAGGGAGUUAAAAGGAUACUUGAAAACCCUCAGGGUUUGUCUGAUCCAGGUAAUUAUCAUGAAUUUUGUCGAUUUUUGGCUCGUUUAAAGACAAAUUAUCAGCUGGGAGAAUUAGUUAUGGUGACGGAAUAUCCUGAAGUUAUCAGAUUGAUUGCUAAUUUUACUAUUACUAGCCUACAGCAUUGGGAAUUUGCUCCCAACAGUGUUCAUUAUUUAUUAACUCUAUGGCAAAGGAUGGUAGCAUCAGUUCCUUUUGUGAAAUCAACUGAACCCCACCUGUUAGACACUUAUGCACUAGAAAUUACGAAGGCUUUUAUCACUUCUCGUUUGGAAUCUGUUGCCAUAGUUGUAAGAGAUCAUUUAGAUGAUCCACUGGAUGAUACUACUACCGUGUUUCAGCAGUUGGAGCAGUUGUGCACUGUCAGCAGGUGUGAAUAUGAAAAGACAUGCACUCUUCUUGUACAGUUAUUUGACCAAAAUGCACAGAAUUACCAAAAACUUCUGCAUUCAGCUUCUGGGAUAACUAUGGACAUGGCUAUUCAGGAAGGACGUCUUGCAUGGCUGGUAUACUUAGUUGGGACAGUUGUAGGAGGAAGAUUAACAUAUACCAGUACAGAUGAACAUGAUGCUAUGGAUGGAGAAUUAUCCUGUCGAGUUUUUCAGCUUAUAUCUUUAAUGGAUACUGGAUUGCCUCAAUGUUCUAAUGAGAAAAUAGAGCUUGCAAUUCUGUGGUUCUUGGAUCAGUUUCGUAAAACAUAUGUUGGUGAUCAACUUCAAAGAACCUCAAAGGUAGGUUUUACUACUAGAGAUUUUAGAAAAUGUUGUUGGCGAUGAAGAAAGAGGUAUGCAUAUAGCAGCCAAAGCUGAAUGAUGUUAUUUGGGAAAUUUCUACAUAAGAGGUGUAAUUGGUCAAUUGAAAUCAGUUGAAGAAUUGGU